GUUAAGGAACUAACGGCAGAAAUAAGUGUGGAAAAAUAAAGAAAUGGAAUUCUACAAGAAGAACAUAACACGUUUAUUCUUUCGGUGGUAUUUGUGGAAUUCUGCAGUGUGCACUGGAAUUCCAUUGAAACCAAUGGGCCUGUAAUUAGUCUCUGACCAGAGGCAGAAGCCAUUGAAUCCAUCCCCACGGUCACAACAGUCUACAGGAGUAACCACAAUACUACAAUAACACAGUUCAGGCACACACAAGGCGGUUUACUAAUCCUCCUUUCUAAUUGGCCGUAACUGUUGUCAAUCAUACAAUUCGGACUGUUUGUGCCUCUACGGCUUGUAGGCGAUUGGCUGAUGCGUUGAUGUUUUUGAGCUCUCUGAUUGGCUGAGGUGCACGUCACUCAGUGCAGGCUGGGGGUGGUGGUCAGGUAGAGGCCGCGCUGGUACAGGAGCAUCUGUGCGCGGUGCUGGGGCGCAGGAGUCCGGGCGACACAGGCAGCACACAGCGGAGGCUCCGAGGCCUACACCGAGACGUAACGGGUUUGGGACAUGUCCGAAGUAAAUGACAGAUCUAUUGUGACAGCGAUUCUUUGCAAUGUAUCAACUGUCUGUUGGGAAAGAUGAUGCACAUCUGGAUGAUUGGACCCCCCCUAUUCACACUGAUCACAUCCUUUGACUUGCAUUUCUCACAGAAUAGAGGAAAUGUUUAUUGGCUCACUCUAGCUUGUCUGUGGUGUCCCACCAGUCCUACUCUUCAGAACAGCACACUGUUUGAUACAUAACAGCAGUCAUGGAAGCUAGGCAUAGUUGCCAAGAAGAGACUCCUGCAAUAAAGUCUUCCUCUUCAGUCUGUGAAAGACUGGUUGAGGUUCCUCAUGAUGAAGACACUGCCAAAGUAGAAAUUCUCCCAGUACUGACUGGAUCAUGUGUAGACCAGCAAACAGGAAAGCAGAAAAAAAAUCCUUUCAAAUUCUUUGGAGGCAGGAGAAGUAUAUGUACUCUGCCCAGUUUCUUUGGUGGAAAGAACAAAGGUUUAGGAAAAGGUAACUCAAGGAAGUCAGUGAGCAAAAGCAAGACCCAUGAUGGCAUCAGUGAUGUGCAUAUGGAAAAUGAAAAAGGUUACUUGGAUAAUACCAUUGGCAGAGCUCACCGAGGAGAUCUUUCCACUUUAGGAGGCACUCUUUCCAGCUCACAUAGUGCAGACUCUGGUAUUACAUCACCAGUUAAGCUUGACUUUAAUUACCAUGAUAUAUCCCCAAUGGGUAGCACAGAAUGCUUUGAGAAGAAGCUGAAUGGCGAUAAGUCAUUCUCUUUUCCCAGACCAAAGAAAGGACUGAAGGGAUUGUUUAGUAGCAUCCGUCGUCACAAGAAAAACAAAACUCAUGACCCAGAAAAGUGUGAGCGAUAUGACCAUAUAACACAGAGAGUCAUAUUAGAGCAGCUAAAUAGAUAUCCAUCAGAAGAUGAUGGUCUACAAGACAACAGUGAGCAACCAAAGAUCAGCAGCCUACACUCUGAUAUAUCCACAGAGUCUUCAUUGAAUGUAACUGUUGAAUGUGAGAAGGAAGAGUUACCAAUUUGUUCAGUAAGCAUGCCUGACAUUGCACCACACAAAGCUGAUGAAUUACUUGUAGAACCCAAUGAGGUUCCCUCUGAAGACCAAAAUAAUGUCAUAGAUUCUAAACCUGAUGAUUUUGAUUGUUCUGAUCCUAAGGCAGCAUUUACCCAUAGUGGAAAAUCCGAUUCUGUUGACAGAGAAUCCCUUCCUUCUGCUGGUGACCAGCUAAGUUUGAUGUUUGAUGAUGUUUCAUCUCUAAAGAGUUUUGACUCUCUUAUAGGUUGUGGAGAUAUAAUUGCUGAACAGGACAUUGACAACAUCAGUGAUAAUUCCAUUUCUGUAGAGAGAAGUAGAGAAGCAACAAAGAGGAGCUCUUGUCUUGUUACUUAUCAGGGAGGUGGGGAGGAGAUGGCAACACCAGAUGACCUGGAGGAAGAGUACCUUCAGCAGCUGUUAGGAAGUAGCCAUGAAGCAGAUGCCAGUUAUGGGAUGGAAGAUGAUAAAGAGCAUGACAAUAUGUCUAAAUGCUUUACUGAACUAAAACCUAAUGCAUAUGCUAUGGCUGCUGAAGAUGCCUUUGUUGACAGAAGUGUUCUUAGUAACACAGAAUUGUUAACCCCUCAAAGUGAUCAGCAAGAGUCUGCCCCAAAUAGUGAUGAAGGGUACUAUGAUUCUACUACACCUGGUCCUGAUGACUAUGGUGGAGAAGGCUUUUCCCAAAAAGAACGUCUUCCUAGAGACAGCUACAGUGGUGAUGCACUUUAUGAGUUUUAUGAACCUGACGAAAGCCUAAUAAGCCCUGCACCUGGAGGGGAGUCUCUUUAUGAAAGCAAACAAAUAUGCUCUGAAACAUUUGAUCAGUUUUUUGACUUUUGUCUUCCUUUAGACAGUGGGUUAAUACAGAAAGCUGAACGCAAAGAGGGAGCAACUGAGACCGAAGAGGAACGAUUGGCUGUGAUUCAGAAACAGUUACUUUUCUGGGAAAAGCAACGAGAGGCAGCAAUGAAAGGAAUGGAUCAUCUAGGUAAAGAUAUAUUUUCCAAAGAAAAGCAGAACAUGGAAUGUGAAGUUAGAACUGCUAGCUUACCUGGCAAGAACAAGAGCUGCCUUAUUAGGGAAAAAUAUAUAUUACCAAAUGUGAACAAAGAUGGAGCUGACAAAGGAAUACAACAUGCCCAACCUGAGAAACUUGGCUGGAAAGACUUCACAGAAAGCUCUUUAACAGACACUAUUAAACAGGAAGGCUAUAUACAAGACCUCAAGGGAAAUAGCUUUGUAGAAGAUUCUGCUUUUGAGUUGAAUGUUGCUAGCCUUGGAACUCGAGACCAGAAUGUGACAAGAAUGACAAAUGUUACCAAGCUUUCCAACCAGAAUGUUACCCCUGUGAACCACAUUCAGAAUGUAUUUGAUUCUGACUUUUCUUCAGUUUCUGGGUAUAGUCAAGAAAAUGAAUGUGGGCAGGCUGUGAACUUUUCUCAGACACUUGUUGAGUUUGCGAAGAAUGGCAUGUUAUUUUCUAGUAUUUCUAAAAAACUUGGCAGCACUGGUUCAAGCUCAUCAUUCCACCAUGAUCUUAGUUCUCUUCCUACUAUGGUGACCUUUGAUAUUGUUGAUGUAGAAAAUGAAGGAGAGUGUGAGCAACAGCUAGACCUGAGUCCAGAUGAAGACAUUUCACCAUUUGAUGGGUUUGAUCACAGCUGUGUACAAGAGUCGCUGGCGGAGUGCGAUGAACAACUUUUGCAGAUGGACUCUCAUCAUUCUUUCCAAAGCUAUAACUGGGGAGUGACAAGUCUUCCUCGUCACUUGGACCAGUACAAGCUAAGUCCUUCAGGUCCAGUUCCACUUUCACUUAACAGAAGAAGCAAGUCUCUUGACACAGAUAGUUUAGAUCUAGAGCUUGGUGCUUUGCAUAUGCCCAAGAGUGGUCUGAAAUCUUAUGAUGAUCUUGUUCCCUGGAAAGACAGAAAGAAUUCUUGGCGAUGUGAAGUUUCUUGUACACCUAGAGAAGGGUCAUCUUAUAAUAGGUGUAAUAUUUUGGAGCAGAUUGUUCCACCAAUUGGGCAAUUUGAAACCUAUGCACCAGUUCUGCCUAUGAAACAGGGCUAUAGCAGAGAGCCUCAGGGUUCUAGUUCAAGUAACCAGCUGCCAGUGAAUACUAGACAGAUGGCAAACCCUACAGACCUCUUACAGUGUAACACUAGACAGUCUCAGGAGGGCUUCAUCUCCUUUCGAUAUCCCACAGAAAACACUACAAAGAAACUUGCCCGUGUCCCACCACUGGAAGAGCAGAGGGAAGUAAAUGUAGAUUAUAGUUAUGAUUAUCAUACCCCUCAAAAACAAACAAGGGUUAAACCUGUGGGAAUUACACAAGCAAUGCCCCAACAACAAAAACAUGAAGACUUUGAUUCUUUUUCAGACUAUCUAGAAAGAUCUGGACCAACCAAGAAGGGUAAUUUGGACUUCAGGGCAUCAUCAACAAAUGACUGGAGUAACAGUUACAGCGAAUGUCCAAACAGCUAAAUUAUUUUAGAAGACUUUUGUGCUUUUACUAGAAAUCCUGUUAGGGAAUUGAAAGGUCUGUAGACACUUAGGACAUGGCUUAAAAACUAAGCCAAAAAGACUGAAAGCGCCUUGUAUACAUUUGAAAAUGCAAUUUUUCCUCCUUUUUAUUUAUUUUAUUUAGUAUUUAACCAUAUAAUUGCAACAUGCAAUUAGCUAAAUUGCUUUUUGUGGUUAUUUAUUUUAUUAGGUGGUUUAGAUUAGGGUUUGCUAGCUCUGAGGUGGGUCAGACCUCAUAUAUACAUUGAUUGUUUUACUAGUUUAGUUUUCUAACUUCUAAUGCAAUUGACUACCACACCACAGUGCUUUAACUCACAUUGCCAUUUUUAAACAUGGGGUAGACAAGGCUGAACAGUAAGGCUGCCAAGCAUUACAUCUCAAUUUGUGAUUCAAGAACAUGUUGCCUUAGAAAAAAAAGAAAAAAAACAGUGCAGCAGUUCUAUGGCUGCUCUUUCUACCCAGUAAUUGAAUGGAAAGAAAAGUAUUGGAAUUGUCACUGGCCUAAACCUGCACUACCAUAGGUACCCAAAGUUCUACUGUUAAUGUGUAGGCAUUAGCACAGGAGAGAGUUUGAUUACUGCUUCUACUAUUUGGUGCAGUAGCCUGAAAUCUAUUCUACAGAUGAAGGAACUCGGGUGGCUUUUUAUGUUUUUCAUAUUAGGGGAUAUGUUGUUCCUCUUAUAAUACACACCUCAGCAGAGUAAAAGUCAGAUUUUCUCUGCAUUGGUAAUUUGUGAAAUUCUGUCAUUGUUUUGAACUUGACAACUGCUUCUAAGGAGUGUAUUGUGAUCUGCGAGAACCCUGACACAAAACUGAUAUAAUACCGGCUACAGCUGCUGGGAUGAAAGAGAUGGAUAGUAGUGCCACUAAUCUCUAGAAUUGCCAGGCUCUGACAUCACAAUGUGAGGUUUAUACCAAUAUUUCUAGACUCUGAAUGUUAACAAGUCUUUUAUGCAAGGCUUUAUUAAGGCUUGGUGCCCAGUCUUUUUAUUGUUGAAAAAAAGUAGACCCCAAACUGCAACAUUUUACAUGGCAAACAUUCCAUGCCUAAUCAAUUCUAUAGUUGAUUAUAUGUUAAAUGUACCAGAUGAACUUUACUGGCGUUUGUAUAGUAAAUGAAGGUGCAGCCAUUUUGCUGUAUAUUGAAAAUAUAAGGACAUUUUUUAAAUGGUUAAUUGCAAACCUGGUGCAAAAAAGGAAAUCUAGAUUUCAUAAGCUGAUGAUAUACAGAUCUUGGCAGCAUCUUUCUGCCCCCAUUAGGUAUCAACAUCAUAAGCCGUAGCAUUAAGAAUUACUUAUUGUAACCUUGAUUAUCAAGGCAUCACAGCAUGAAAGAAGAAAAAAUAGAGAACACAACUUUGUUAUAUGCCAUCUUUAACUGACAGACAUGCACUCUAAAGGGUAACUGUCAAGUAGUUGCUGGGAGGGGGCUUAAAGGGAUACUCCACUGUCCAGCGUUGUUUUCCCAACGCUGGGUGCAGGCUGGGGGGGGGGGGUUGUGACAUCAUGGCCACGCCCCUUGUGAUGCCACCCACUCCUCAAUGCAAGUCUAUGGGAGGGGGCGUGGUGGCUGCCACACCCCAUCCCAGAGACUUGCAUAGAGGGUGUGUGGCCGUGACGUCACGACCCCGCAGCCCACACCUAGCAUUCAAAACAAAAUGUUCCAAACGCUGGGGCAACAGAGUACCACUUUUAAAGUAAGGUCUACACUACCUGACAGACACUGUAUACUUUAGUAGCACACCUUGAGAUUAUUUCAUGUUAUUCACUAUGGAGCCUUUAUAUGCGCCUGGAGAGGGAAAUGUUCUCCUAAAUUAGAUUUUUUUUUUUUGCCUCUUUAUUUCCCCUAAACACCACAGUCCAUAAAUGAAUUGGUUAGCAUGUUUUGUAGACCUGAAAAAGUGCUAACUAGACAGUUUUUAGUUAAUCUUUUAAAGACCAGAGGAUAGAUAAUUUAUUCCGACAAGCUGGAUCACUUUAAACAGUUACUCCGGCCCAAAGACAUCUUAUCCCCUAUCCAAAGGAUAGGGGAUAGGAUGUCUGAUCGCGGGGGUCCUCCUGCUGGGGACUCCCACAAUCUAGCAUGCAGCACCAACCUGUGAGCACUGCAGGAAGUGCUGGAAGAUCCAAGUCUUAUGCCUGCCGACCACGUGGUCGGAGUAUCGUGAUGUCACGACUCUGCCCCUGUGUGCUCUUGCCCAAGGUUAAAUGCUAAUUUCUGGAAAUUCACCUGGCCUUUGCCAGCACCAUAUGCAAAUAACUGACACCUUGGAAGAUUUUGGGUAACUUUCUUUACUGUACCUGAAGACAAGUUCAUGCAUGCAUGUUAAAACACAUGACCAGCUUUCAAGGUUUUCAUAAAAAGAUGAUCAUUUGUAUAUAGCAUGGUUACAGGCCCUGUGUAAAUUGUGUCCCUUCUGUGACAGAUUUGAUUUUUUUUUUAUUCAUUGUGGAGUAAAACUUUAAUUUCAUUCUGUGUCAUUAUGCCAUUUAUUUUGUAUAGUCAGACCCAAAUUCUUUAUCUUCCCUAUGGUUGAGCUAAAUAUUAUACAAUGCUAAUUUAGAAAACCAAAAGCAAAGUAUUACUGUGUUAUGUAUGACAUGUAUAUGUGCAUAAAUGGAUUGUGAACUAUUAUGCACUUCACUUUAUUAAUGAUUAGCUGGCUGUACACAAGUUUUAGAUGACGACAAAAAGAAUAUGGGGGCGAAUUAUUAUUUUUUUUUUAUAUAAUAUAUACAUACACAUACACACACACACACACACACACACACCAUAUUUAUCGGCGUAUAUCGCACUUUUUAGGCAAAAUUUUUUUAGCCUAAAGUCUACCUGCGUGUUAUACGCCAAUAAGCCGCUGCAGUUCAAUGAUUUAAAGCGGGCGCUUUAAAUCAAGGAACUGCAGCGGCUUUGCAGGUGCAGAGACCUGCCGGCUUCUCUGCUCCUGCCUGUAAUGGGGUCUAGAGCCCUGCUGCCGGCCCUUCUCUCCCCCUGGCUAUCGGUGCCGCUGCCCGU